AAAAUUUGUUACCUCCGAAUACAUAAAUACAGGAAGUAAUUGUCUUAUACUAUCUCGUGAUUUCUGGAUUGCUGGCAAUGUUUCCAGCUGUUCAAGGCUAUUGAAGAGGAAGAGGGAGGUUUGAGCCAAGUCAGCAACAAGUUUCAGUUACUAUCUCUAGUUGGUAUGGCCGAUUAUUGGAAAAGCAACCCAAAAAAGUAUUGCGAAUUAUGCAAAUGUUGGAUGGCUGACAACAAAAUCAGCAUUCAAAAUCAUGAGAAUGGUAUGCGUCAUAAAGCUAGUGUAGCUAAAAAGGUUAAUGAUUUGACCCGUAGCAACAAAUGUGCUGAAAUGGAAAGGAAGAAUUUAGAGGCAUGCUUACAACAAAUAAACGAUAAUGCGCACUUAAGCAUGAUGAAAGAUCUAGAAAGAGACCCAUCAUUGGCAAAACAAUAUGGAAUCGUGCUAGCAAAGUCACCGUGUGAAGGAAAAUUGAACCAAGAGUCUUCUACUAAAACAGAGAAACCAGUUGCUGAUAAAUCUCGUCCUGAUCCACCCAGUCGUGCAAAUAUUUGGAAGGAAUCGAUUACCCCAGAUGGCAAACAUUAUUAUUGGAAUGUGGCUACUCGUGUUGCGCAGUGGACACGGCCAGAUGGCAUUAUUGAACCGGAACAACGACCAGUGAAAGAAGAAAAAACCAGACUAAAAGAAUUUGUCUUAAAUCGUCUUGUGGAGUUAAGCGAACAUGGAUCCAAAGGAGCUAAUGAGGCUGUACUACAAGUGUUUAAUGUACCUACAUCAGAUAUCGAGCCUAUCAUAGAAAAAAUAUCGGAUGGAACAUCCGAUAAAAAGCCGAAAAGUUUGGACCUCCCAACACCUGUUCAAUUCCAAGGUCCACAAAUUGAUUUACUUGGUCCGUGGGUUCCUUGUGAUGAUACCAUCGCUGACAACCAGGAUUGGGCAAAGGUGCUAUUCUGUGGACGCCGUUUUGAAUCCGAAGCUAAGGUGCUAGUUGGAGCGGUCUGGUGCGAGAAAGUGGCGUCGAGUGCAGUGUUCCGGCUGGACGUGCGGCUACUGGGCGGGCAUCGGAUGUAGGUGAGUCGGCAAUUCGCUGGAGCGCAGAUGUCGGACGUCCCGGGUGCUAGGUGUACGUCGGAUUUCAUGGUCCGGCAGAUCAACAGAGCUAUGGAGGUCAACGCGCCGCAGACUCGACAUUUCAGCGGAGAGCGUAGCACAUACUGAAGAAAAAUAAGUGGCAUGCCGAGCGAAACCAUCGCAAGAACGACUGUUAUAAAGGAGGGGAUGAGUACGGUAUGCGCUACUCAUGUCGGUAGAUAUAAGUAAUAUGUAUCAUCAAUCGAAUAAGAAAUGACUGGCUAUUACUUAAUAGCAAACUUAAUAUCAAGAAAGGCAACAUGUGACAAAAUUGUCAUCCCCUCAUAAUCGAAUAAUCAUCAAAGUUUAUAAAAUGUAAAACAAAUACCAUGGUAACCAAUGUUUACUAAUAUGGUAUUUUGUUUUUUUUCUUACCUUACGUGAAUCUUCUACAAACUGUUGCAUUUUAUUUCUUAUAGCAUUACUUAUAUCUAAAUGUUUCAAAAUUCUCUGAUUGUGACGGUCAGCUAAAAUAAGCGAGCUUUGUUUAGAUUCUGUAGCAUUGAUCUUCUCCAUAAGAGAAUUUGCAUAGAUCUAUAAAAUGAAGAGAAUUGAAUUGAAAGAUUUCAAUAAAAAGAAAGAAAUCGUAGAGAUAAACGUUUUAAACAAGCAAAUAUGGAUAGUGACUAGCAAUGGAAUCCAGCUUAAAGCGUUUCGUCUUAUUUAGGACUCAUCAGAUGGAUGCAGCUGCAGCUCAAAGUGGAUAUUCACUCUGAGACUCGAACCCAAAACCAUUUGCUUCAAACGCCAUCGCGUUAUCC